AUGCCUCCGCCGCCAUUCAGUGGAUCCAACGUUGUGGAUGCAAAGGAGGCCACCAAACUGACAGUCGGUCCUCCGGAGGAUCUUUGCGUAAGAUCUCAGGGACCUGCUUCAGGGGCUAAAUUACAGCACAAACCGGCGACUUUACCAGGGAGCACAAGCGGCAGCCGCUGGGGUCGGCCCCCUCAAAAGACAUUGUCCCGGCCAGCCCUAACCUCUAAACCGGGCACGACGGUGAAGCCAAGGCCUCGGCCCCUUCCAUUGCAGUCGAGUGAAGGAACGUCCACACCUGCAAUUGCAACAGAGUUAAAUAAGGAAAAGAGGGCGAAGGAGCAGGGGGCUCCCCCGGCCCCCAGGCCUGUUGUUGGUGCUGGUAAGAAGGUAACAGUAGCGGUGGCUCCGACGGAGAAAACGGAGGAGGCGAACCCCCCGGCGCCCGCUUCAUCUUUUCUUGAUGAUAUGCCUGUAGAGGCGUGUCUGGAGUAUCUGACGCGGCCCCAUCGCUCGUGGGAAAGUGCCACACGAAUUAGAGAAUUACAAAAACAGCGCGCCGAAAACAGCAGCCGCGCGGCCAGAAGAAGGAGUGCUUCCAAUUCCCUGUCUUCCUCCAUGCAGUUCUCAGCCUCCUCUUCCGUCGGGAAUAUGAGUGCCCACAGUGCCCCGCCCGCCUUCGGCCGCUUCGGUACGGGUUCAACGCGUGCCGAAAGCAGGGGUGGUAUUGUGCCGCGUGCGCGGUUUGGUGCACUGCCGGGUGCGAAACCUGAACCUGAGGGCCUUAUGGUGGGUGGUACUUCCGUCGUUGUGAGUGGAGGUCAACUGCCGUUACGGCUGCAGCCCCCACUAUCAUUUGGCGAAUGCCGUAGUGCAACAGCAGGGAGUGUUGGGUUUCGACCACAUGGCGAAAGGUGUGGUGGUGGGCCGCAGGGGUUUUCAUUUUCGAUGCAGUGA